UAAUAAUAAUGUACUUUUUAUAACCCUAUUUAUAAGCACCUUGCAUUCGGCGCCUCCAUGCAUUUGUCUUAGGGACAGAAGAAUACUAAAACAACCACUCAGUUAGCUAGCUAGAGAACCAGCGUCGCAGUAUUGAUCAGUGUUGUACUGACCAUGGAAGAGUAAUAAAGUUUCUUUUGUACAUGGUGUCAGAAGUGCGGCUUGCAGUCGAAAAAUCAUUUAUCGGCUCGUAAACGAUUCGCGCGCUGGCUGGUUUGUUCGGUGUCCUUCUGGCAGACUUGCCGGAUUCGGUGUGCGGAAAAAGUCGGUAGUGGAAAUCAGAACGGCGGAACGAGAGAAUGGCGUCCGGAUUCGACCAUCGUUUACCGGAGCCACUCGACUGCUCCAACCUCGCAAAACAAUGGCCACGAUGGAAACAGUUAUUCAGUAUCUACCUCCGAGCGAACAAUAAAAUGAAAGAGCCUGAAGCGAGCAAGGUCGCCACCUUCUUGUGGCUGAUCGGUCCACGCGGGGUGGAAAUUUUCAAUUCGCUGUUCCCAAACGACGGCAGUAUGGAGGGCAUGUUUGGACAGGAUGAGAAUGCUGCGGCGGGCGAUGACGGCGAAGAGAGGUUUGAAGAUGCCACCGACGGGGAUGCUACACACACACUUGCAGAUGUAAUCGCGGCGUUCGACGACUACUGCCUUCCUCGUAAAAACGUAGCCAUGGAAGCCUUCAAAUUUAAUUCAAUCGCCCAGAAGGAAAAGCAGACAUUUGGUGAAUUUGAGACGGAGUUGAGGACGCAAAUCCAAUAUUGCGAGUUCAGCUGUGCUAAAUGUCAGGCACCGUACAGUGAUCGGAUGCUGCGCGACAGAAUUAUCAUCGGAAUCCAGGAUAAAAAGUUGCAGCUGAAGCUGUUGGACGGCAGAGACGACCCGCUAGCAAAGAUUAUUGAAACGUGCAAAAUCUUUGAGGCCGCAUCGGAAAAUAAACAGCUCUUGGACAGAAAGGAUAAUCUUCUCGACGUGAAGCUGGUUUCGAAGAAGGUGGAAGCUGAUUCGGAAGUGAAAACCGUGGAUGCAGUUACACGUAACCGUUGCUACAGUUGUGGAAGGCAGUUCAAUCUCAACCAUCGAAGGAUGUGUCCGGCCGUGAAUGCUGAGUGUUACGCCUGUGGGGAGACUGGCCACUACAGCAAAUGUUGCCGGAAAAAGUCGACGAAACCGCAGAAAGAUAACCUCCGAUCAUCGAAGCCGGGCGGAAAGAACGACAAGGCGAUACAUUCUGUCAAAUGGAGCGACGCUGAGUGAGUACCAAUACUGUGUGUGGUCAGACCGAAGCGCAGCCGUGGAGAAAGGAUUUUCGUAUUGGAAAUGAGAGUGUGCGAUUCAAAUUGGACACGGGAUCCGAUGUAAAUUGCAUUCCCAUACGAGUGGUAGAGAAAC